CGAAAGUAUUUUUACCCAUCCGUCACCAAAGUGUUGCAAAAAUACUAGUAUAGAUGUAACCAAAACAAGCUAAAUCAUAAGCAAAAUAUAUAAGAAGAAUAAAAAACACAAAUGUUAUUACGAUGAAACAGUUUGAGUUUAUUUUUAGGAUAGAUCACCAAGACUUCAUUUCCAUGCUCCUUCAUUUCAACUUCAAUGUGGUUACCAAACGUACCAAGUCGGGUCCAUGGAUUUCCAUGAGGCGCUUAAUGAUUAAAUUCUCAUAGUGUUUGAAGCGCUCUCCUUCGACAUAAAAAAGGAGAAAUCUUCUAUGGAUUUUUCAGCUAUAUGUGGCUCAAGAUUAGGAGAGGUUGAAUAAGCAUUUUCCAAGAAGUAAUCCCUCUUGAGAAUUUCUAAUCACUAGCAAAGGCGGCCAAAAUUAUACACCAUGCAUCGAUUCCAUCAGUCUGUUUUUCGAUCCAUUCCUUUGAUAAAAGCAUGCUGCAUUCCUUUUGUUUUUGCUCUUUUCCUGUUAUUUAGUUCUCUUGUCAUUUGUCACAUCAAAAUCUAAGCUUUCACUCAAUUGAUUUUGGUCUUGGGUUUCCAUUGUACUGGUGCUUUUUGGUAAUAAAUUUUCAACUCAAACCAAAUUAUCAAAAUAUCUUUGCUAUAUCAAAGAUAUUUGAUAAGCUCCAUAAUUAUCUGAACCAGAUCACGUGGCAUAACCUUCUUCAGUCCCUAGCUCAAAUUUAUUCAAGUAAAAUAAAAACUCGGAUCCUGAUCUAUGAACUUCAAGUAUAUUGUUUAAAAUCACAAAUCACGGAUCCAAAUUCGUAAGGAGAUAUGAAACAAUGGAUAAAAAGAUUGGAUCUAAGAUCGGAUCAGAAAAUCCUGAAAGAUUUUUGUCGCUAUACUUUGUAAAGAAGAAUGGUUAAUGAACAAGAAGUUAUAAGUAACUGUUUGUUUUUUAUAAGAACAAGAGAGUCAACUUAAUGAUUAUUGAGUAUUAUUGACUAGUGGAGAAAAUUCAAAGUCAACUUGGUUUUAUUAGGUUUAGGGUUUUUUAUUGUUUCAAUCUUUCGUGGAACGUUCCCUCCACAUUUGCAUAAAUAUGAGUCUAAUGUCAAGAAAAAGAAAGACAGAAAGAUCAAGAGAUGAGAAACAAUAUUUCUUCAAAAAUGGGUCAAGUUCUAAUGGUGUUUCUUCUCCUUUGCACCGUUAUCUGCCUAACCGAGUCAGCUCUUCCUUCUGAUCAUCAAUCAGCCCUACUAACCGGGAGGAAAAUGAUGGGUUAUAAGCAGAGUGAAGGACCAGUAAGAUCAUCACAGAGUCAUCAAGCUGGUGGACGUGAUAAUGAUGAUGAUCCUAUCGCCAACAUAGAUUACGGCAAAUAUUAAUUUUCUUUCCGAUUUCAGUUUUUUUUCAAAAUUCAAUGAUAUUUUAAUUGUUUUCUGCUGUUUUUUCAAUCAAUUUACAGUCAAUCCUCAUUACGUGAUAUUUCCCUUGUUUGAAAUAAUGAAAUUUCUUCUAUCACCAUCUAUAUUAUAUAUUUUGUGUUUUUAA